UUGACCUUUCGCUAUCUGGAUCUAGGGUUUCUCUUCUUGGCGACUUGGUUCGUGUUUUUCAUCAUCAUCACCAUCAAUAACCAAACCCUAACUCCACAAUCACUGACAGACAAUCAAAACUAAACACAGAUUCCCGAUUUCGUUUACCGGAAUUUGAUUGAUCGCUCAAAGAGAGCUUUUUUUUUUUUGAUCAUCAUCAUCGACAACAACCAGGGAUCUAAAAGUUUCCAGAAGAAGAGGAAAAUACAAAACCCUAAUUUUCUUUUUUUUCUUUCUUUUCACUUUCACGGAUCAGUGAUUUAAAACCGAAAAUUGGACCAAAUUUAAAGCAAUCCUUGAAGUAGAAGAAGAAGACGGUGAUGAUGAUGAUGAUUUUUCUGUAAUCGAAACUCAUGAGCUUUUCUUUCUUUUUUGAUUUUUUUUAACCGAUUUAGUAUCUGGAACUUGACGAGAACUCGGAUUUGAUGAAGGAGGUGGUGUUUGGCUGGUGAGAAAAGAAAAAAGAAAAAGAAAAAGAAAAACAAAGAAAAUGUAUAAAUCGGUGGUGUAUAAAGGAAAGGAGUUACUUGGGGAGGUAGAGAUAUAUCCGGGAGAGAACAACAUCGACCACAGGAUUAUCGAUGACUUGAAGGAAAUCAGAAUAAGCCAUUUUUCGCCACCGAGUGAGAGAUGUCCGCCAUUGGCAGUGCUUCAUACGAUUACUUCUUCCUUUGGUGUUUGCUUCAAAAUGGAGUCAAAGACCUCGCACUCACAGGAUUCGCCGCUCUUUCUUUUGCACUCCUCUUGUGUCAUGGAGAACAAGACUGCUGUAAUGUCACUUGGAGCUGGAGAGGAACUCCAUUUGGUUGCCAUGUAUUCUAGGAACAGUGACAAACAGUAUCCAUGUUUCUGGGGAUUUAAUGUUGCGUCAGGGCUUUACAAUUCCUGUCUUGGCAUGCUGAACCUUAGAUGUCUCAGUAUUGUAUUUGAUCUUGAUGAAACACUCAUAGUUGCUAACACAAUGCGCUCAUUUGAGGACAGAAUUGAGGCUCUGCAGCGGAAAAUAAGCAGUGAGUCGGACCCCCAACGCAUGUCUGGUAUGCUGGCAGAAGUAAAGCGCUAUCAAGAUGACAAGAGCAUAUUGAAGCAAUAUGUUGAAAAUGACCAGGUUGUUGAUAAUGGGAGAGUUAUAAAAGUUCAAUCUGAGGUUGUUCCUGCUUUGUCUGACAACCAUCAACCUAUUGUCCGUCCGCUUAUAAGGUUACAUGAGAAAAACAUCAUUCUGACUCGUAUUAACCCGCAGAUUCGCGAUACAAGUGUUCUCGUGAGGCUGAGACCUGCAUGGGAGGAUCUCAGGAGUUAUUUGACUGCAAGAGGGCGUAAGCGCUUUGAGGUCUAUGUUUGCACGAUGGCUGAAAGGGAUUAUGCUUUAGAAAUGUGGAGGCUUCUUGAUCCACAUUCAAAUUUGAUAAACUCAAAAGCAUUACUGGAACGUAUAGUGUGCGUUAAAUCUGGUUUAAGGAAGUCAUUGUUCAAUGUGUUUCAAGAUGGUUUGUGCCAUCCGAAGAUGGCAUUGGUGAUUGAUGAUCGCUUGAAAGUGUGGGAUGAAAAGGAUCAACCUAGGGUGCAUGUUGUUCCUGCUUUUGCCCCAUACUAUGCUCCUCAAGCUGAAGCAAACAAUGCUGUUCCUGUCUUAUGUGUUGCGAGAAAUGUUGCUUGCAAUGUCAGAGGUGGUUUUUUCAAAGAAUUUGAUGACGGUCUUCUACAAAAGAUUCCUGAAGUUUCUUAUGAAGACGAUAUUAAACAUAUCCCCUCCCCUCCAGACGUGAGCAAUUAUCUAGCCUCUGAGGAUGAUGGAUCUGCUUCAAAUGGAAACAGAGAUCUACCUGCUUUUGAUGGCAUGGCAGAUGCCGAGGUUGAAAGGAGAUUGAAGGAAGCAAUAUCAGCUGCUUCAUCAGCCAUUAACCCUGAUCCUAGACUUUCUCCUCUUCAGUAUACAGUGCCAUCUUCUUCUGGCAGUGUUCCACCGCCAACAACUCAAGUAUCAAUGAUGCCUUUCCCAAAUAUACAGUUCCCUCAGGUAGCUUCAGUAGUUAAACCAUAUAUUGGCUCCGUGGAAUCAAGCUUGCAAAGUUCUCCUGCUAGAGAAGAAGGUGAGGUACCAGAAUCAGAAUUAGAUCCUGAUACAAGGCGGAGGCUUUUAAUUUUGCAACAUGGGCAAGAUACUAGAGAGCAUACACCAACGGAACCUCCAUUUCCUGCAAGACCUCCAAUGCAAGUACCUCUUCCACAGGUACAAUCCCGUGGAGGUUGGUUUCCAGCAGCGGAAGAGAUGAGCCCCCCAAGGCAACCAAGCAGAGUAGCAGCGAAAGAAUUUCCUCUAAAUUCAGAACCAAUGCAUAUUGAAAAGCAUCAACCUCAUCAUCCAUCUUUUUUCCCUAAGGUGGAGAGCUCAAUUCCAUCUGAUAGAAUAAUUCACGAAAAUCAAAGAUUACCAAAAGAGGCCUUACCUAGAGAUGAUCGGUUUAGAUCAAAUUAUUCCUUACCUGGUUAUAAUUCCUCGCCAGCAAUUUCCUACGGGGAUAUGCGUUUUCUAGGUGAGGAGAUUUCCUUGAGUCGAUCAUUUUCGAGCAAUAGGGAACUCGACUUUGAUUCUGGCCCAGCAGUAUCAAAUGCGGAAACUCCAGCUGGAGUUCUACAGGAAAUUGGAAUGAAGUGUGGAACCAAGGUGGAGUUCAGACCGGCUUUGGUUGCGUGCGCUGAACUACAGUUUUCUGUUGAGGCUUGGUUUGCUGGAGAAAAAAUUGGUGAAGGAAUUGGUAGAACAAGAAGGGAAGCUCAACUCCAGGCUGCUGAAAUCUCUCUAAAAAAUUUGGCUGAUAUGUAUUUAUCACGGGUUAAGCCAGAUUCUGGUUCUUUGGUUGUUGACAUGACUAAGUUUCCUGAUGCAAAUGACAAUGGCUUUGUCAGUAAUGUGAAUUCAUUUGGGAGCCAUUCAUUUCCCAAAGAGGAGUCCCUGUCGUAUUCAACUGCGUCAGAGCCAUCUAGGCUUUUUGGCGCUAGAUUGGAAGGCUCUAAGAAAUCUAUGAGUUCAGUCUCUGCACUUAAAGAAUACUGUAUGACGGAGGGUCUUGGUUUAGCUUUUCAUCCUCAACCUCUACCUUCUAAUGGUCCGAUUCAAAAAGAUGAAGUGUAUGCACAGGUAGAAAUAGAUGGCCAGGUUUUAGGAAAAGGGAUUGGGAUGACGUGGGAUGAGGCUAAGUUGCAGGCUGCUGAAAAGGCUCUCGGAAGUUUAAGAUCAAUGUAUGGUCAGAGACGUCAGGGUUCUCCAAGGUCAAUGCAAGGAUUCUCAAAUAAGCGUCUGAAGCAGCAGGAGUUUCCACGAGUUCUACAGCGCGUUCCCUCGUCUGCUAGAUACCCUAAAAAUGCUCCUCCCGUUCCUUGAAAGGCCACGAGCACAUUUUUCAUCGCAGAUUUUUUGUACGGCUAUUGUUUGGACAUUCGUGAAGUACAUUAUUUAUAGAGGCGGACAAUAGCCAUGGAUUACCAAAUCCGCCAAAGGAGACCAUAAUUCACGGAGUCUUCACUCCAUAGCCGGUGGACCAGAUUGUUUUCAGGCCUUAUUUCGAAUCCUUCCAAAAGUCGGAUUGGUUUCCAUUCACUGUUGUAGAAGCCGCAUUGCCUGAUUAUGGUAGGCAGUUCGCUCAAUCUAUACUUGUUCUUCUGUGAGUGGUAAUAAUUGGUGCCAGAGGUCCUUGGAAGAUCUUGUUCGGGUCGGGUUUGUUUCCGGUGUUUGAUAUUUAUCAGCAUGGAGCCGAAGGGAAUCUGGAGUUGAGGGCUGCUUCUGGCAAUGCUCGAGGAUUCACAGUGCUAACAAACCUUAAACAACAACCAUUGACAAGUUAAUUGUAAACGCAACUAACCUUUUCUCCACGUCCCUACUUAACCUCUCUGAAGAUUCAAAAAGUUUUUCGAUUGUGUUCAUAUCAGAGUCCCCAGAUUGGCGGGUUAUGUAAGCUGAGCCCUUGUAAUACGUUAUGUUUUUCAUUUAUCAUCCAAGAUUGGAAUUCUUUUUUCACUAUAUACUGUCACCAAAUGUUAUUUAACGACCAUAAAGAGAUAUUCUCAUUCAAACUCUAAGGAAGGAUCUUCAUAGUUAGC